UCGAUCAUUCCCAACCUUACCAAGUGAGCCCUGCAGGUGUGCAGGUAGGCGCAUGUAGACAGUGUUACCUUGAUGAAAGGAAUGAGGCUGGACUUAAUGAAUAUUAAGGUAAUUUAGCGUUUUUGGCAAUGUGGUAAUCCAAAUAUGAGUUGGGACAUAAGCAGUUAAUUACGACAGAAGAAAUUUGGAAGCAUAAUGACUACGGCAGCUACCCACUUGGAUUUAAGUUUCCUAAACAAAGAUGAAGCAGACAAGAUCCUGGAGGUACUGGAGAGGGAUGAACAGCUGAAAAGGGCCGAAAGACAGAGGAUCAGUAAACUACAGCAUGCAAAGAAAGACCUGAAGUGGCUACACGGCGUGACUGGUCAAUGGUUUGAAGAAAUCCAAAAGAAAAAGCUUAAGAAAGAUGGCCAUCAAAGUAUUGUGACUCAGUCACACAGCCCUGCUUUUAAGAAAAAAUCAAGAUCAGAAGUUAAACUUACAAAAGCCAAAAGUUUACCUGACCAUAAGGAUGACAUGAACACAGCAAGUGUCUGGAACAGAAGUCAGUUCCGAACAAAGCUGUCCUCCAUAUUCACCAUAAAAAUUCCUGGAAAAAGAGACACAAAACUGUCGAUAGGAAAACAAAUUGUAACUGACCAGAAUGCUGGAAGGCAGAUUGAUACAAAAAACUAUGAACAAGCUAAAUUAAAUCCCAUUAAUCAGGAAAGUAACAUAUCACAACAGUCUUAUGGAAAGAACAGCACGUCUUCUGAAAUUCAUAUGGAUGAAGAGACUCUGAAUGUUUUAGAGCAGUUGGAUAAGAAACUUGCAGAAGAGAAAUCUGUCCAUGUACAAAACAGUGAAAAAUAUUCUGAAACUGUCUCUCAAAGGAGGUUUGAAGACGACUUAGGAGAGAAGUCUUUUCCCUGCUCUACACAUAAUGUUGCCACAUCACAUGAAAAUCUCUACAAACCUUCAUCACCUUUAAAUGGGAAGACCGGUUAUAUUUUUCCAUCACAAUAUAGGAGUAAAAAAGAAAUGGAGAGCACAUCAAGUUUUGAAAGAACAGUAAAAAACAUUGCAAUAACCAGUGAAGAAACAACAGUAAAGCUUGAUCAAAUCAAAUCCACAACUUAUAGCCUAAAAGAACCAUCCUCCAAGUUCAGGGAACUUUAUAAACCAAAAUUACAGAGGUGGCAAUCUCUUGGUACCUUUGAAAACAGUGACAAUGGAAAUAUAAGUAAAAACAAAUAUAACACUUUACAGUGUGUGCCUACAAAAACAUCAAUGAGUGAUCUUGCAAGGGAUGAAUCUUUAACAGAAAGCAGAAAAAAACGUGACUUUUUCCAACUUUACAGUUACAGGGAUACACUAGAGAAACACCAGAAAUGUGGUACUUCCAAGCAGCAUUUGGCUACUGAUGCUAAUCGGAAUACAAUGUUACCAAUUUCUCCACCAUUAAGAUCUUUAAUGGUCAUUACAAAAGAAUUUAAUGGAAAUGGUGACAUUUGCUCAUACCGUGCUGAGCUGCUGCCUCGAAACAAAGACAAUACCUUAAAAGCAAAUCAUCAUCCAACUCGUCAUAACUUUCCUGAAGUUAAAAAUGAUAAAGUAGGAAGUUGGUUGAUGGACAUAUCCAAUAGUGACCCACGUGAUUAUGAAAAUGUUCAAAAUGUUGAAGUGGCUGACGACUUAAAAAAAAAUAGAACUUCAGGUCGCACAUACAUCUCAGAUUUGUACAAGAAUUUGCACAGUACAUCUCCAAGGGAUGAUGGUUUUAAAAGUAAUGUCUGCAAGAGCUCAGAAGUUCCUUCCUUACAAAAGUUUAAGACCUGUACUAUUGCUUCUGCCAGUCAGCACCAGUUCCAAUCCCAAAAUGCUCCUAUUUCCUAUUUUCUGGAAGAUACACCUAAUAGCACAAGCACUUGUGAACCCUCUAUGUCGAAAAGAUUUGCAGAUUCCAAUCUUGUAAAAGAACCUGAUGCUCAAAACUGGCCUUUCCAGGGUGUGGACAUUCCAACAAUGACAAGCAGUGAAAGCACAAAAGAAAUCUGCCAUAGUCCCAAUAAUACUUCCUUUCAGUAUAGUGACCCAAUGGCAGGGCGCAGGCCAUUAUCCUCUGGAGAGAAUCUGAAUGUUAAAGGUCUUCCUUCACCUACAAGAUUUAGCCCUUCCAGCUCUAGACAUGUACUUGUUACUCCCAAGGAACACACCUCCAGUUCACCUAUUUCAGGUGCAGACAAUGAGUGUCUUGUACUCAGUAAUACUGGCAAGCCCCUUUCCCCUGGAAUAAAAGGAAAUCCUAUAUCUCCUGCAAUGGUUUUAAGAAAAGAAGGUAAUCAUGGUAUUAUGAGAAGUCCUACAUUUUCAUAUGCUAUAGUGCAACCCAUUAAUAACCAAACCUCUGAGAGCAUAAGCAACUCGGCAAAUGUAACAGCAGGCAGUAUGCGAAAUGAUUAUUUACAGAUAGGCUCUCCAAAAGAGACAAUGACCCAACGGCCAUUUUCUCCUGCUGAUGACAGAACUUUUACAACUGAAGGAAAAGGUUAUGCAACUAUAAAUUACAUGAAUAACCCUGACAGGAAGAUUCGCAGCAGCAGCCCAGCCUUAAACAGUCCAACAUCUCCUUUUAGAAAUUCCCAUACCAAGCAUGUUGUGUGUAAUUAUCCAUCUCCUAAAUACUUCAGUUCCCCUAAAUCUGCAUCUCCCUUGGGCUUCUUUACUAGUAACGAAAAAACAAUAGAUGAACCUAUAGGUUCAUCUUCCACUUAUCUUUGGGAAAACCAAAUAUUUUCAAAUAAAGAAAAUCGCUCUAAUACCUUAUCUAGUACAGAUUCUGUAUUUGAUUCCUAUGAAAGCAGAAAUGACUCUAGGUCUCCAAAUGUAUACCCUACAACUCUCUCUCCUGCCACACAUGAAUUUACACAUACAUCUUUGCCUUCAGUCUUCACCAAGGAAUAUGGAAGCAGAGUAAGUGUUCCAUUCUCUCACAAGCUCAAAUCAAGCACAAGUGGCUUAGAUCACGAAGAGGUUUCUUCUUCUCAGAUGGAAUCUGAAAAGGGCCAUACAAAGUAUUCUUGUGAAUCACCAAAGACAUCUCCAAGAGCAAACAUCUACAAAUCUGAAAAAUCAAAAGAGUCUCUGACAGUGCCAAGGAAGGACAUGCAAAUCGCUCGGAAUCAUUCAGCUGUCAGACUCCCAAACCAGGUGCCAAAUGAUAGAAACUGUGCACAGAUUAAACCAAACACAUUAGCUGAUCUGGGCAGUGGAAAAACGAUAUUGCAAAAUAUACAGGAGAGUUACAGUUCUAAAGGUAUUAUUGACUUUGGUGAAACCAAUAAAAAGGAUUCAAAUGUCUCUUUAAAUAUGGGUUCUAAUGAUGAGAAUUAUUUGUUUGGUGGGAGGCAGGAAUGUCUAAUCAGCUCAAGCAAAGUGAACAAGGAAGAACCAUUUCCAUUUGAAAAGCGUACAGACUUGGAAGAAAGCAGUACAUCUGCACAACAGAUGCUUAAUCUUUCUAAGAUCAAAGGUGGCAUAUACUCAGAGAACAUUCCAGAUACUGAAAACAACAAAAAUAUGUAUACUACAGUCCAAGGUUUUGGCAGCAGUUCUGUGAAUAACCAGCAAAAUGAACUGCGUCAUGCACUAAGAUUGUCAUAUGCUGACAAAAACAGGAACAUACUUGUAAAUAAUGAUUUAAUGGACAGCAACUCAAGAUGGACUGGCGACUUGACUCAUCAAAAGAGUACUGCUUUCAGUUAUACGGAGGAUUUGCAGGACAAAGAAAAUCACCCCACUUUGAACUCAAACCGUCUUAAAGAUUUAAAUGUAAUCACUAACUAUUUUUCUUCCAGGAGUCUUGGCUACAGGACUGGUCGAACAUAUUCUGAAAAUAGUUAUUAUAAUGACAAAAUCUUUCAUGGAAAGACAGUCAACACUAUGAAGCAAAGCCCAUUUUUCAGAUCUCAGUGGGACCUGAAUUAUUCAGAAGAUGCUGAAAAUGAAAAUGAGAUUAUGUACAAAAAUCCAAAGCCAUUGUUUAACUACAAUGCAAUAAACAGGGAAGACAUUUUAAAGCAUAAAAUAAAAAGCUCAAAAAGCUUAAUGGACAUAAAUGUAAGCAGUUCUAAUGACAAUUCCAUAAAUCUGGACUUAAAAAGCAAUAGCUAUUAUUCUGUUUACCACGUUCAGAAGGACAAGCAGGAUAAAAAGCGGCGAAUAUCUACAGGUCCACCAAUCUCUCCACCUGCAAAACACAGUCCAUUAUACAGAAGCUAUUCUGAGCAGCUCAACUAUAGUUUAUCAAAUGAAAAUGAAUCAUUACAUUUUCCCACAAAUGAAACCAUUCUGAAUAAGAACAACUACCGGCGGCGACUCCCAGAAAUUUCCAUUUAUGGGGAAGAACAACAGGCAAAGUUCUUGGAGCAUGUGAAAAGAUCCCUUACAGAGGGAAGACUUUGGAGACCUGGUGACCUUAUAUCACCCUUGUCGCCCAGAAGGGCUGGUCUCCCUUUUGUUGAUAGGAAAAGGACAUUUAGCUCUGCCUCUACAGGAAGCUUGACUUCACAAGAAAGUAUAUCGCCAAGGGAGCGGAUGCCUUCAAAGAGUUAUCGGAGUAGUUUAUCUGCUUUUGAGGAGUCUGACACGGACACAACAACCGAUGAUGAGUAUUAUCUCAAUGAUAAUGAAAAUGAGAAGGAGUCUGAGCUGUAAAUGAGUAGGCAAGAAACUGCUUUGUGUUAUUUCUGUAUGUACCUGGUGAGGGGUCAAUCAGAGACUGAAACUGAAUAUGGCUCUUUAUAAAAUGAGGAUUUUAUAAUAGGCUCUUUAUUCAUACUGAACGUGUAUUCAGAAGCAGUAACCCAGUGCUUAGAUUUAUAAGAUGACUUAAUUCAAUUUGGGCAUUGAACUAUUGUGUUGGGUUAAAUCACACAGCUUAUUCUACUGCGGGAGACUGGCAAGCUUUCAGAGUAAUGUCUAACAUAACCCAUCUGAAUUUCUGUGCACAGCUUUUUCUCCAACUGAAUCAAAGUAUACCCAGGACAAUAGAUUGAUCAGUAAUGCCAAAGAAGUACAUAAUGAUACAUAUUGAUUCCUUUUAUAAACCCACUUACAACUUGAUUAAAAACAAUGGUAAUCAGUGAGCUAAAGGCACUUGAUGAAAACAAGAUGCAUGGCUGUAUUUUUUAUUCUGUGAAAGCAAACCUUAAAAGCUGCUAAACUACCAUCCAGGUGAUUUCCUAGUUUGGAGUACAGUAUUAAAAUAUGUCAUCCUAAUUUAUUUACAUCACCUGAAUGUGAUGUAAAUAAAUAUUUAUAGAGGCCUAAUUUUCAUCAAAAACUUUGAUUUGGCAUAAUGUUUAUUCUGCAAAGGUGUGUGGUAUAGGCAGUUAGAUGCUAAAGUUUAAAUCACAAGACUGCUGCUUCAAUCAGUCCUAUAAUACCCACCUGAGACACUUGCCCAGUCAGUCGUCUAAAGAUAUGUAAAUAAGUGUAGUACUGUGACUCAGAAGCAACUUUAGAGUAAAACAUAAGCUAUAUGAAUAAAAUACAUUAAUAAACUCUUAUCAGGAAUAAAAAUGAAGAUUCUUCUACGUUUACAGAAAUCUGUCAGAAGAAAGAAAACUGCAGAUCCAUAUUGCAUUCUACUGUAUAGUACAGUUUUAAACUGGUGCAAAAAAAUCAAUAUUUUCAUUUCCUGCAGGAAUUGAAUCAAUCAAUUAACAUUCCCUGAGUCUUCUUGAAGCAUAUGUCUUAAAACUCAACUAAUAUGAUACAUCUUUAAUAGUGAGGUUCCAAAUUUAAGACCAGUUACAACAAAAAGCAGAAGAUAUGCUUGUGAAGGUUGUGCAUCAGGGGUGUUUAUUAAGCUUUUGUAUCACUAUUUAUUACUCUAAAAGAUUUUUUACUGUAAAAAAGGAUUCUUUAAACCUAUCUUAUCAUACCAUGCCAUUUUCAAACCCACUUAGUUCAAUUUAGGUCCGCUUGGAGUGACAGCACUAGGUGCUUGGUAGGAACUAGUCCCCAGAGAGAGUCCCAGACCAUCGCAGGGCGCCCUUACACACAACCCCACACUCACAAAGGGACCAAAUAAUCUAAGAGAUGUCAAGUAAAAUGGACAUUUAAACAAAAAAGAGAAACCCUGAUAAGUGUUAAGCAUGCGGCUGCACACCUCUUGUGGUACACCUGUCUUUUUCAAUUUCAUAGUGCAACUUAUACUUUAAAUACUGCUGUUCAGAAAAUGAAAAUUCAAAACAGCCUUUCUUUACAGAAAUCCCUUUGUGCACAAUAUUAGUUUGGGGUAAUACUUUAUACUUUAUUAAGAACAAAAAUUAAUGUAUGGAGGUUACAGAAACAUUUUUUCAGUUUUAAAUAUUUUCCACUAACGAAAACAAAAAACUAUGGUUUACAAAAUGUACAUAUCCACUAAAAUGAAAUUAUAUAUUACCAUACAGUAAUUUUGAAAGGUACAUGUAGGAAUAUUUCUGCUGGUAAAUGUUUCAGUGCAGCAGUAGCUAAAGCCGUGCCUGCAUGUGUUUUACUGUAUGUAAGGUAUUCAUGUAGUAUGUUUUGUAUGUAUUUUUUAAAGAAACUGUACUUCAUGAGAUUUCCUAGGACCAUAACUAUGGAAAACAGAUGGAUGAUGGUUUGUAAGUCCCUGAUGAGCACAAUUUGUUUCAAGGGAGCACCGAAGUGUUAUUUUACUGUUUUAAGUAAGAUUCAAGCAAGUGCAUUACUUGUCCGUUUCAACUUGAUCUAAUGAAAUCAACCAUAUUUGAAACUAAUACAUUAAGUAAAAUAAUGUAAAUAGUGUACAUAGACAAAAGAACAUAAGUUUAUAUUGUACAGGGUAAUAUUUGUAAAUAGCCCCCUUGGUGAAUUGCUGCUUCUAUCAAACAUUGCACUUAAGUUUUAAAAAAUGUGAUUAAACAAAUUUUCUAUAAACGUUUAAGUGUGAUAUGUAUUUAAUGUCAUGACUAUGUACUGCUUGAUGUGAAACAGUUGAAGAACUGCUGACAACAGCAGGAUGAAGAAAAAUAAACAAAGUCCAC